CACCAAUUCUAGGUAUCUAAUUCUUGCUUCUCCCUUUGGGAUUCUUCCCUAUAUCUUUAUCCAUCUCUAUAGCCUAUAGGUCUCAAAACUUCAAGAACUUCUAUCUAUCUUCUCUUCCAAAACUCUUGGUCCCGUCUGCUCAAACAGUAACCAUAUCCCACUUGAGUCAAGUUCGAGGCUUCUACCAAAAAGAUUCAAUUUUUCCAGCUUCCACCUUACUACCUCUGAGUAAGCAACCUAUGCCUCUUCCAACUACACCCCCAUUUCCUUGAAUCUCUUUCUUCUUUAUGUGCUUUUUUUGUUUUUUUCCCCCCCUUCUUUUAUGGGCUCACAAGAAUCUUUGCUUUUAAUUAUGGGGUGCAAAUUCCUUCUUUUCCUGUGUAUUGAUGGGUUUCACAUGGAAAGUAGUAUGAUCUAUGGUUAGAUCUCAACUUUUUAGUCCUUGGGUGAUUCUUCUGCACUUUAUGUAUUUGGAACUAUAAUAUUUAUGUUUUCCAUAACUUGGCUCUUAAGCUAUUAAGUCUUUUCAGACCAGCUGCUUCAAGCUCUUUUAAAUAUAUGUACUCUGGAAUCUGCAUACUAGAAUUUACGGUGUAGUAAACAAGGUUGCAAUUCCAAUAUGGGUCUCUCGCCUUAUUCAACUCCAGCUGAUGCUGGAGUUCUAUGCGUGAUUCUGGUGAACACUGCCAUUUCCAUCUCCAUCGUCAAGGAGAUAGUGCGGUCAAUCCUUAAUGUUAUUGGCAUUCAUAUAGCACCGUGUGAAGAGUACUCCAUGGAGGGGCCCUUAGAUACAUUUGAAUGUCGUGGAACCCCCUCGGAGUCCUACAUGGAGGAGUUCCGAAGCCAAACUCCCGCUAUUCGCUACGACUCAGUUUGCAUACCUCGCCACUCGGAGAAAGAGUGCUCUGUCUGCCUAACCGACUUUGCGCCAGAUGCAGAGAUUAACCGCUUACCCUGUGGGCAUGUUUUCCACAGGCUGUGCCUCGAGAAGUGGCUGAGGUGCUGGAGUGUCACAUGCCCGCUCUGCAGGAAUUGCAUGGUCCCACAUGAAGGCGACGAAGAUACUUGUCCAAUAACAAACAGCACAAGAACUCAACAAUCAUGUCCAAACAGAUUAAAACCAGAACAAAUAUUGCAGCCAUAAGUGCGAGAUGAGUGUACACUGCAAGAAGCAGAACUACCCCGAGUGCAGCCGAGCCAGGCAGGGUAUACAUCCGGUGCUUAUUUGCCCGCAGCCAUCUCAGAGAGCUUGGCACCAACGGACAUGCUGGUGCGCAUCUGGUUCCUGUGGUGUCGACACCUGAAGGAUCCGGGGUGAGUGGUGGGGGAGCAGAGGCAGCUGAACUUGACAGCUGAGUUUUCGCGCAGGCGCCUGGGAGAAGAUGGCGUCGAGCUGCUUAACUGUGGCGGUUUGCUCUUUACGGGAGGGUCCAGACAAAUGUCUGCUAUCUGCAGAGUCUUCUUCUUCUUUGGGAGAUCAUCAGCUGACAUUCUUGGUUCUUCAGCCAUCCUUGAUGCAACAAUGGCAGCAGUUAAGGAGAAGCAGAGAGAGAGAGAAGAGUUUUUCCAAGACUACAAAACACACAACUGGCCUCAAAAAGCACCAAUCCAAAUCAUGCAUUAUAAUUUGCAAUGUGAAAUUAGGCAUCAUCAAGAUAAUGGGCGUCAAACAGGAACAGCUCUCCAACAGCUCUCCUAAGGGCGUUAUUGUAUACACAUGAAUUUGAACUCCUGACCUGGUGCUAAGUUAAAUCCCCUUUCUAGGUAUUACCCCAUACACAAUUUCUCAUUACCCAUAUUUCAAAGAAAAGUUCUUUCUUCUUUGUUUUGAUUAAGAUAAUAAGGUUUCAAUACUGGUAUAAGGGUUCCAAGUAUA